ACUUGCUUGCUGCCGGCAAGAACGGCAGCUUUUUGCAAAAGACUCCCGUUCGCAGCUCUCCAGGCUCACCGCUCAUGGUGGAUCUAGCUUUGAGCCUAUCCUACAAGCCUUCCAAGAUGGAGAAUUCAUGGUGCGCGUGCGGGAGUUUGUAUCGCAGCAUUCUCAUUUCUUUACUGCCACUUGCACUGAUGGCUCCCACCCGCUGGUUUGGACACAGUACCAUUUUCAUUACAAGGAACUCUUUGAAAGACAGCUGGCUGAUGUUCUACAAGGCUUUGAUGUUUUGGAAGAUGAUUUUGCAAACUUUUGUGAUUGGCUGAAAGUGAAUGCAGAGAUUUUCGAAGACGAUACGGAGGGCUUGUACCCCUUCCUCUCUUCCAUUACAGCAUCACUAGACUAUGAGACGUUCUUGGGUGUCAUGUUUGAGGAAGUGCGGCGUAGCAAUGGGGGAGUUCAGCAGAUUGACGUGGUCGUUCCUGAUGGGAUGACAGCUGGAGAGGUCUUGCUGGUGGAGUAUUUGGGCGCACACUAUGAACUGAUCAUCCCUGAAGGCUGCGAAGCCGGGAUGGUCUUUCAAACCUCAGUCACGCUUCCCAACUGAUUGGAUAGCUGACCUCUUCCUCCUUUGACUGGGGCCCUUUUAUAUACGAUCUUCGGACAGGGUGACCCUCCACUUGAUGGUUUCCAGAGGCCAGUCACCAAGCAUGUCAGACGGUGAACACGGAGAUCUCCAGCUCGUCCCCGUUCCUGCAACUCUCCGUUAGAGCUCACGACGGUCAACAUGGACAAUCUGUGCUUCGUGUAGCGAGCUCGACAAAGUUCUCCAAAACUAGUUUGGCUGUGACGAAGCAUGUGCAAUUUGCCCACAACAUCAAGUGUGGAGCGAGACCGCGUUCUGGGGCAAGCUUGAGCAGAGAAAAGAUCGGGGUGCCGAAAUCUUUUUUCUGCGCACCGCGUUGUGCUUGUUGGACAAAAGUUUGACAAACCAGGACAGCACUUUGAACUUUGCUCGGACGCG